UUUCUACCUCUUUCCCUCUCCCUUCCUCUCUGAAAUAAAUAAAAAAAAUAUAUUUUUUUUUUUUAAAAAAGAAGGCCAGUUUGCAUCCAAAAUGCUGGCUGUGCCUGAGAAACUCCAUCCCUCUCACCCCAGCCCUGUGUGUCUUCGUCUUCAUGACUGCAGUCCUCCUCCUGGAAUCUCAUGUGGUGAAAACCAUUUCAAAACUUACGUGGUGCAAAAGUCUCUUCCUGCCCAAGAACCAAAUUGCAAACGAAGUGCCCUUUGCAUAGACACAUUGACACCUUGGCCAUUCACUUAUCCAUUUAAUAUUGAGAAUGAGAGUAAAUUAACAAUGUUUCACACAUUCAAAGACUAAGAAAAUUUUCCACCAAGAAGUCUUCACUAAAAGAAGUUUGAAAGGAUACAGUCCAGCAAGAAGUAAAGUGCAUAUAGAGAAAAGAAAUGGGAAAGGCAGCUGCGUUGAAGACAAUGACUCACACGUUUUUGCUGUACUGCUUAGUGUUUCUUUUGCCCACAGAGUCCUGCAGGACAUUAUGCCAGGCUGCCAGCAAAAGCAAGGGGAAAGUGUCUGCCAAGCCACACGUCCACAGGAUUUAUGCACCUUCAUGUGGUGACACCUCGAGCCCUGAGUCCAUAGCUCUCCAUCUGAUGCUGAUGCCUUUUAUCUUCCCAGGUGCAUGUGAUGGGGUCUGUGUGGACAAUUCUCAUUGCAGUCAACCUUGCCCUCCAGAUACUCCGGGAAAUAUGGGGUUUUUAUGUAAACAAAAUAAAUGGCACAAGAUCACUGAUACCUGCCAGACUCUUACCGCCUUCAACAUCUUUGAGGAGGAUUUAAGUGCAGGUCCAUCAUUUGGAAGUAGUAUACACAUAAAUGAAUAUUCUGGAAAGUCCGAGACCAUUGCAGACAAGUUGAUGCGGAAGUGUCCGCAGGAUUUGUCCUGUGUUGUUAAGAAGAUUCAGCAUUCUCCCCGGAUACCAGGAAACAUCGCUGUCAUCGUGCAGCUACUACACAACAUAUCGACAAUGCUGUCGACAGAUGUGGGUGAAGCAAAGAUGAAGAGUUACAGCAUCAUGGCCAACCACAUUCUUGAUAGCAAAAGCAUCUCCAACUGGACCUUCAUCCCUGAGAAAAACAGCAGCUGCGUGCUGCUGCACUCAGUCAAUAGCUUUGCAAGAAAGCUACUCAUAAAUAAAUAUCCCAUUGACAUAUCGGAUGUGUUUAUUCAUACUAUGUGCACCUUCAUAUCUGGAGAUCACAAUGGAAAGAAUUUAACUUUCUCCAUGAGAGUUAAUGACACCCGCAAUAGUGUCACUGGGAGGGUGUUGAUCAGCAGAGAUGAAGCCCAGAAGGUGCGCUCUCCUGCUCAGGUCGUCAGCAUUGCAUUUCCAACCCUUGGAGCCAUCUUAGAGGCCAGUCUUCUGGAAAAGGUCACCGUGAACGGACUUGUCCUGUCUGUCAUUCUGCCCAAGGAACUUAAAAGGAUCUCACUGGUUUUUGAAAAGAUCAGGAAUUCAGAGGACAGCAGGACACAGUGUGUUGGCUGGCACUCAUUAGAGAGCAGAUGGGACCAGCACGCCUGCCAAAUGAUUCAGGAAACCUCCCAGCAAGCUGUUUGCAAAUGUAGGCCAAGCAAGUUGUUUACCUCCUUCUCCAUUCUUAUGUCACCACACACCUUGCAGAGUCCCAUCCUGACUUACAUCACGUACAUAGGCCUGGGCGUUUCCAUUUGCAGCUUGAUCCUUUGCUUGUCCAUCGAGGCCUUGGUCUGGAGCCGAGUGACGAAGACAGAGAUCUCCUAUUUACGCCACUUGUGUAUUGCCAACGUCGCGGCUACCUUGCUGAUGGCUGAUGUGUGGUUCAUCGUGGCUUCCUUUCUUAGUGGUCCAAGGACACACCACAAUGGAUGUGUGGCAGCGACGUUUUUUGUUCAUUUCUUUUACCUUUCUGUGUUUUUCUGGAUGCUCGCUAAGGCACUUCUUAUCCUCUAUGGAAUCCUGAUUGUUUUCCAUACACUGCCCAAGUCAGUCCUGGUGGCAUCUCUCUUUUCCGUGGGAUACGGUUGCCCUUUGGUCAUUGCUGUUGUUACAGUUGCUGCCACUGAGCCUGGCAAAGGCUACUUACGGCCUGAGGCCUGCUGGCUCAACUGGGACAUGACCAAGGCCCUCCUGGCCUUUGUGGUCCCAGCGCUGGCCAUUGUGGUAGUAAACCUGAUCACGGUGACACUGGUGAUUGUCAAAACCCGGCGAGCUACCAUUGGCAGUUCCAUGUUCCAGGAGGUGAGAGCCAUUGUGAGAAUCAGUAAGAACAUCGCCAUCCUCACACCACUGCUGGGCCUGACCUGGGGAUUCGGAAUAGCCACAGUCAUCGAUGAUAACUCCCUGUUCUUCCACAUCCUCUUCUCCUUGCUUAAUGCUUUCCAGGGCUUCUUCAUCUUGGUGUUUGGAACAAUCCUGGAUCCAAAGAUAAGAGAAGCCUUAAAGAAUCGAGUAACUUCUGCAAAAUGGAUCUCCAGAAUAUCAGAGGUCAUACAUUCCACGAAUGGCAGAACCCCCAGGAGAAGUGUGUUUAUUCCUGUCGUCUGGCCCCUGGGGAGUAUGAAGACAGCUUGUGGUGCUGAUUGAGGAGGGCGUGACUACGGAAAGGAUGGAAGGCCCCUCUGUCUACUUCUGUGCUGCUAAUCGCUUCUCUCUCAUCAACUGUCAACACAUAUAUGCCAUUCUGGGCAUCUACAGGGAACAGAAAGACAAAGUGGGCCACAACUGGGCCUUAAUCUUGUUGAGGCCUCUGGAAAAGCACUCUGGCUCAUUUUGACAAAGGUGUCCUGGGAUGUCACCUGGCUGGAUUCUGUGGGUUGCUGAGGGAGGGGCCCUCACCAACAGUUGGGCUGACUCUAAGUAGGUCAUUGCUGGCUCUCUGUACCAAAGGAAUCCUAUUGCCAGCAUAUUCCACUCCUCCAAAUUUAAAUGGUUGCAUGGUCAACCUGGCUUGGGCUUCAAUGCAACUUUUUUUUGUGGCUGUGAACCAAGUGAAAUAGGUAGAGAUUUUGAACCAGAAAGAUGCUCAUUUUAAGUUAAGGAGACUGAAGCCUAGAACAAUGGGUCACAGCUAAUCAAGGCUUGAGCCAAAGGCAAAAACCCAAGUCUGCAGGCUUCUAGUCCUGGGCUUUCUUCAAAGGCAAGGCACUGCUGAAGGACACUGUCUACUCUGACAAUAUGAUUAACCCUCACCAACAGCAUGGUUUGUUUUAAACAUGGGAUGAGAAAGGGGAAAUAUCAUGUUUCAAGUAGAGAGCUGCUCAUUUUCUUAUCUUUGUAUGUAAACAAAUUCAUCAUUCAAAGCUCAUUUUCUUAUCUUUGUAUGUAAACAAAUUCAUCAUUCAAAGCAGGUCCCGCCUAAUAGGAGAUCAGUAUUACAGAUAGAAGCCCCUUUUUAAAAAAAAAAAAAAAGGAAGAAAGAAAGAAAGAAAGAAAGAAAGAAAGAAAGAAAGAAAGAAAGAAAGAAAGAAAAAAUGCUCCUUUAUAAAAUGAGUACACAGGUUGAUGAAUCAGAAGAAAAAUUAGUGGAUAAAGAAAAGGGGUCAAUGGAUAGCCCCUAAUUAUCUUACCAGAAGCCUGCAUUAAUGAUGUUACAUUACAAAUGGAAACACAAGACUCACUUUGUGAAUGAGUGGGAUCUCUCUCUCUUUCUCUCUCUUACAAAAAAUUUCCUCUAAGUAGGAAAGUUUGAGAAAGUUAAAUUGUAAUAAAGAAGUCCAUCAGAAGGUAGAAAAAAAAUACACCAAUCUGGAGAAGGAGUCAUCUUUCAAGUGGCAUUGCUCAUGUCGGGACGACAAUUGUCCCUGUCUCCAAUGAAGGCAGAAACGACAUUCCCAGUAUUUCUGUCGGGUCUCUUCAAGGAAAGGGUGUGGGGACAGGCACAGUGUGGGUUCUCGAUGCACAGAUUUCAGUGCAAAGAAAUGUCCUUUACCCAGAGUGGAUACAUGGAAGUGAGGAGGGAACUCUCAUGAAGCCAAAUAGCUAUAAGAAUGUGAAUCUGGAACUUUAGAAAGGACUGGGUCCAAUUGUCCCAUUUUACAGAUUAGAACUCUAAGCAUGAGAGGGUGGGGGAAAGGGAGAAAGAGAGAGAGAGGACAUUCAUCCGCAUUGUGCAUUGAGCAGUCACAUCUAGCAUGAAAGCACACUCUACUCCAAUGUACUCACACCUUGCAAUAGGAUGGCAGGGAAAACAUUCUACCUAGGGAUUAUUAUUAACCAAGAAAGGCCCAUGGAUGCUAAGAGAGAAACUCUGGAAUUAUUUGGAAAUCCUUUGAGCAAGCUGUGCACUCUCCCCUGCAGCCUACCACCCAGUCUGCUCCAUCCUGAAAGAUGUCAAUAAACUUGCAUGGACCAGCUUGGCUGUGGAUGACCCUGGGUGAAAACGCAUUCAAUGUCCUGUUCACACCUCACCAAGGAAGUGACUGGUCAGGUGGCUCAAGGAAAAAUUGGUGCUAACAGUGUCUAAGACAGAGGCAUAGUGAGAACUCAUUGGCAGGUAUUUAAAUUUCUUGGACUUUAAUUUUCUUACCUAUACAUUGAGGAAACUAGAGCCUACCUCAUAGGGUUGUUGUAAAGAUUAGGUGAACAUUUGGAGGUAAAGAAUAGAAUAGCACUUGGCAAAUAGCAGUUGGCCAUUAAAAUGUGAGCAGUUUUCAUGAGAAUACCUGUGAAUUCAUGCACACACACAAGCACACGCAAGUGAGCACACAGCUAUAACCAUGAGUUUGACUGGAGACACUCCCAUGGGAGUUAGUCCAGUGACUUCUAAAUAAAAGUUAAGUAUUUGAUUCAGCCAAUAAAGUCUGCUGAGCUUGCCAUGACUGACCCUUUCAUCCAAUGUUACCACGGCCGUAAGAUAUAGUUCCUUGCCCAGGAACGAGUAUACAUAAUGGUUCUACUCAGGGCACCCUGCGUCUGAGUUCUGCUUCACCCUGUGCCUUCUCUGUGAAAGCUCUCUUGAUUCGUCUGACCAGAGUGCUGGCUCUCCCCUCCUGGUUUCCUGUAAUAUUUAUAAUCUGUGCCAUUCACUUCAUGUUUAGUAUUUAUUGUGUUUACUUUCAGUAUUUUUUGUGUGCAUAUAUUUUCUAGAUACCCCUGUAGACCUUUGGGGACAGGAUUACUGACCUUUGUGAUUUACCAUGUUACUCGCUUUUGUAUGUCCAAAUGCAGACCAAGGCACCGUGCCCAUAGAAUAUGUUCAAUAAAGUCCUUUGAUUACACAA